GUUGGAAAUAUUUCCCAUGUUGCCGAAGCGACCGAGACCUACGGAGAUAAUAACAGAAUCAAGUCCAGUUCAGUGAUAACUUUGAGUUGAAUGGGGGGAUGUUGCUAUAUUGUGACGAAUUCUUUGUUGAUUAAACAAAGAAAAGAACUGAAUACCCAAAAUGAGUAGUCAUUUCCUAGAAGUUCGUCCGGGAAUGUGUUUUCUUUUUGUUUUUCAUGAAAAUCCUGUACGUGGGGCCCCAAAAUGACCUAGUGCUAUUCCGCGCAAAACAUAUUUUUUUUAUUUUUUGAGUGAUUGAGCAUCUCAUUAUGGAGCGGAUAGGGAAGACAACCAAACUGGUUCGGGAAAAAUGGAAAACGCAAUUCAAUCCUCCAGAUGAUUUGGAAAAUGAAAAACAGUACAAAGAACGAUGGCGGUCGAUAUACAUCAUCUACUUUACGAUGUUCUCCAUGUCACUAGGGUUCAGCAUUAUAGUUACAGGAGUAUGGCCUUACCUCGACAGAUUAGAUCCACUAGCUGGAAAGGAAUUCAUGGGGUAUAUCGUAGCAGCAAACCCUCUGGCGCAAAUGCUGUUUUCACCUUUAGUUGGAUGGUGGAGUAACAAACUGGGAUACAUAAGGGUACCAGUGGUGAUAUCUCUUAUCAUAUUUGGAGUUUCGAGUGCUAUGUACUCAUCCAUAGAAAUGUUAGAUGAUAAUAGGAAAUACUUCAUGCUGGCUUCUAGAUUUCUGGUGGGCGUGAGCUCAGCGAACAUUGCAAUCUGUCGCUCCUACCUCGCUGCUGCCACAAGAUACUCCGAAAGAACAGGAGCUGUUAGCAUGAUAUCCCUGGCCCAAGUCAUUGGUUUCAUAAUGGGACCAGCAAUUCAAGCAGGCGUCGUACCACUGGGUAACGAAGGAUUCUUCCUGGUGCAGAACAAGCUGAAACUCGACAUGUAUACGGCGUGUGGAUGGAUAAGCGUGCUCAUCGCCGUCGCCAACAUAUUCAUGUUCCUCCCGAACGUCUUCGUCGAGCACAAGAUAGCCGGACGGGAAGCCAUGUUGAAGCAGAAGAAGGACAAUGUCAAAGACACCUACAAAAUGCACAGACCGAGCUACUUCGCCACUUGGACCCUGAUAGUUUCGUUUUUCGUCAUCGUUUUCAACUUCAUGCUUCUGGAAACGUUGGCGACCCCACUGACGAUGGACCAGUUCGCUUGGUCCAAAUCGGAAUCCUUGAAGUAUACGGGUAUUCUAAUUUCUGUGGGUGCGGUCAUUUCGAUCAUAACUUCACUGGCGAUACCGCAUCUGAGUAAGCAUUUUUCCGAGGUGAAGAUCAUGGUUUGGGGAGGUUUCUUCUUCAUGGUUUUGGGCAGAGCCAUCUACAUACCCUUCAAUAACGAUCCACCCUUAGUCUACGACCAUGAUCUCAAGUUGAAGUUAACCUUCUUCUGUGAUAGGACGAUAAAAAAUUCUUCGUUCGACGUAGCCAAUUUCAACAGGAGUGAAUUGGGAGCUUUCAGUUUCAACUUGACAGGUCUUGAAUCAUUGGGCAACAACGAUACUGUAGAACUGAUCAAAACAGCCACGUUAAACUGCGGAGAUGACCUGUUAGGAUGCCCUUCAACCCAAGAAUGGUGCAAUGAAAUCCCUGCUUUGACUAUCACUAACUUUGUGAUUGGUCUACUUCUGACCACCUUUGGUUACCCUAUGGGGAUUACUCUCAUUCAGACUUUGGUAUCGAAGCAUCUUGGAACUAGACCACAGGGUGUUUGGAUGGGUUUGCUCACAGGUGCCGGGUGCCUAUCGAGAGUCUUAGGACCAGUUUGCGUCACACACAUCUACGAAGAACUCGGUACAAUUUGGACGUUCGGUAUAACGACGGCAAUGAUGAUCGCCACCUUACUUUGGUUGAUUUAUUUCGAGGAUAGAAUAACACCGAAGGAAAUCGUCGCUAUGGACGAAGAGGAAGGUGAAGAAUUGAAGAAUAUGUGUUCUAACAAAGAGAAGGACCAGGAAAACCAUAUGUGAUAUUGAAUAUAUUAAAAAUUAAAACGCAUCGCUCAGGACUGAUGAAAAAACUGCAUUGCACCUUGGAAAAAUCGUCGUUGGUUCUUUGUAUUGAGUUUAAGUACCCGCCAAAAAUGAUUGAUAUCAGAGCCACGUCCCCUAAAACAAAAAUUUAAUCAAUUUGAAAACUGAAAUUCAACAUCAGCCAAACCAGCUUAAAAUGAUGAAUUUUCGAGGAUUUCAUGUCAAAUUGAAUGAAAUUUGCCAUACUUUUACAAUGGAGAACUGACUUCUGUGCUGAUAUUGAAGGAAAUUCGAGAAAGUGCAAUUAGAUAAGGGCUUCCUCCUAUUUAUAUCCAAAAA